AUGGCUCACGCCUCUUUGCCCAGCUGGUCUGCGCCCCUGUCGGUUAAACUAUCAACCAAGAGCUGCUUCAGCUUCAGAGACUCAGGGUUAGGCGCCAUCUAUGGUUGUGUGCGGCAGAGCCGUCACGCGAGGCGAUAUGUGCACUCACCCUGUCGCGGGCUGGUUCCGCUCACCUCGAAAAGCCAACAACAACAUAAGAGUCUCAUAAAACUACCGCCGAGGGCCGUCGCGGUCUGGUCGAGAUUCAAGUCUGACCUGCCGGCGGCUCCAGUUCCUUAUUCGCAACUAACCAUUGGCAUUCCAAAGGAGACUCUUACAGGUGAACGUCGUGUCGCGGUCGCACCGCAGAACAUCCCUUUGCUCUUGAAGAAAGGCUUCGCGCGUGUUCUUGUCGAGCGGGGGGCGGGCACCGAAGCCGAAUACGCCGACGAGGUAUACGAGCAUGUUGGCGCCACCGUGGUUGACCGCCAGACUGUGUGGGCGGAAAGCAAUAUUCUGCUCAAGGUUCGUCCACCGAACUUGGAGUCGGAAGUUCCCAACAUUCGGGAGGGGACCGCCUUGAUCUCGUUUCUGCAGCCCAUGCAAAACAAGCCCCUCGUUGAGGCUCUUGCUUCUCAGCGCGUGACUGCUUUCGCUAUGGACAUGAUCCCGCGGAUUUCGCGUGCUCAGGCCUUCGAUGCGCUAAGUUCCAUGGCCAACAUCGCGGGUUACAAAGCCGUGCUCGAGGCAUCUAAUCACUACGGUCGCUUCUUGACGGGUCAGGUCACGGCCGCAGGAAAGAUUCCUCCCUCCAAAGUCCUGGUCAUCGGAGCCGGUGUUGCUGGGUUGAGCGCCAUCACAACCGCCCGCCGAUUGGGCGCGAUUGUCCGCGGGUUUGACACUCGUUCCGCCGCUCGAGAACAAGUACAAUCGCUAGGGGCGGAUUUUUUGGAAGUCAGUGUCAAAGAAGAAGGCUCUGCGGCGGGUGGGUACAGUAAGGAAAUGUCCAAGGAAUUCAUCGAGGCAGAGAUGAAACUGUUCAUGGAACAGUGCAAAGACGUCGACAUUGUCAUCACUACCGCGGCGAUUCCAGGAAAAGCUUCUCCCAAACUGAUCACGGAGAAAAUGGUCAGUGCCAUGAAACCUGGCUCCGUGAUUGUUGACCUUGCAGCAGAAGGCGGCGGGAACUGCGAGGUCACUCAGCCUGGCAAACUUAUUGUGCAUAACCAUGUAACCAUCAUUGGAUACACGGAUUUUCCGUCUCGACUCCCCACACAGUCAACGAGCUUGUAUUCCAACAACAUCACAAAGUUCCUACUGUCAAUUUCUCCCAAGGACAACCACUUUGGCAUCGACAUGGAAGACGAAGUCGUGCGAGGCUCCAUCGUUACGCACAAUGGUGAAAUAAUCCCUCCUGCUCCGCGACCAGCUCCACCUCCGGCUCCUGCACAGCAGCACCUUGAGCAUGAAUCGAAGCCCGUUGAACUGACUCCUUGGGAAAAGCAAACUCGCAAUGCAGCCGCCGUGACUGGAGGAAUGAGCGCAGCUCUUGCCCUCGGGAAACUGACGUCUCCGUUGUUUAUGAGUAGCGCGUUUACCGCUGGUCUCGCAGGCCUGAUCGGCUAUCGUUCGGUCUGGGGUGUGAUUCCCGCCCUUCAUUCUCCUUUGAUGAGUGUUACCAAUGCCAUUUCCGGUAUCGUGGGUGUAGGUGGCUUCUUCAUCAUGGGCGGUGGAUAUCUGCCGGAAACGAUCCCACAAGUACUCGGGGCGCUAUCGGUUCUUCUUGCUUUUGUCAAUGUAUCUGGCGGAUUUGUUAUUACGAAGCGCAUGUUGGAUAUGUUCAAGCGGCCAACGGACCCGCCGGAAUAUCCAUGGUUGUACGCAAUUCCGGGCGUGCUCUUUGCUGGUGGGUUUAUCGCAUCGGCGAGCACAGGUAUGGCUGGGCUUGUGCAGGCUGGAUAUCUGGUCAGCAGUCUGCUCUGCAUUGGAUCCAUCCAAGGCCUGGCAUCGCAAGCAACAGCUCGAACGGGAAAUCUGCUCGGAAUACUGGGUGUCCUGGCCGGUAUCAUCGCCUCACUCGGCGCAGUAGGAUUCUCUCCCGAAGUGUUGACACAGUUUGGAGCGAUCGCAGCUAUUGGCGGUGUUGUUGGCGCCCUUAUUGGCAGACGCAUUACCCCUACGGAGCUCCCUCAGACCGUUGCAGCCUUGCAUUCAGUUGUCGGUCUCGCUGCCGUCCUCACUAGCAUAGGCAGUGUUCUGGCUCACGUCUCGGACAUCUCGACUUUACAUAUGGUGACUGCAUACUUGGGCGUUCUCAUCGGUGGCGUAACAUUCACUGGGUCCCUCGUUGCUUUCCUGAAACUCGCGGGACGAAUGUCGUCUCGGCCCACCAUCCUUCCUGCCCGUCAUCUCAUUAAUUCUGGUCUGCUGGCCGCCAACGCCGGCACGAUGGGUGCAUUUUUAACCAUGGCGCCCGGUGCGCCUGCUGUGGCCGCGGUGUGUCUAUCUGCGAACACUGCUCUUAGUUUUGCCAAGGGAUUUACCACAACGGCUGCUAUCGGAGGAGCAGAUAUGCCUGUGGUCAUCACCGUGCUGAAUGCUUAUUCAGGCUUCGCCCUCGUCGCGGAGGGCUUUAUGCUCGACAACCCCUUACUACUAACCGUAGGCUCGUUGAUUGGCGUCAGCGGUUCCAUCCUAUCAUACAUCAUGUGCGUGGCGAUGAAUCGGUCCCUCACCAACGUCCUCUUCGGCGGCAUCGCGCCCAUCGCCCAAACCUCGCACGAAAUCAAGGGGCAGAUCACAAAGACCACGGUGGAAGAGACCGUCGAGGCGCUCGCCAACGCCGAAUCCGUCAUCAUCGUGGUCGGAUACGGCAUGGCCGUGGCAAAGGCGCAGUACGCCAUUGCCGAAAUCGUGUCUCUUUUGCGCUCCAAGGGCGUCAACGUCCGCUUCGCAAUCCACCCCGUCGCGGGACGGAUGCCGGGACAGUGCAACGUGUUGCUGGCCGAGGCGAGUGUGCCGUAUGAUAUCGUUUUGGAGAUGGAUGAGAUCAACGACGACUUCCCGGAGACGGAUCUCACGUUGGUGAUUGGCGCGAACGACACGGUGAAUCCGAUUGCAUUGGAGCCGGGGAGUCCCAUAGCCGGGAUGCCCGUGUUGCAUGCCUGGAAGAGUAAAGGGGUGGUGGUUAUGAAGAGAGGGAUGAGCAGCGGAUACGCCGACGUUCCGAACCCGAUGUUCUACAUGCCCGGAACGAGGAUGCUCUUUGGCGACGCGAAGCAGACCUGCGACGCCCUCAAGGCGGCCCUGGAGACAAGGUACAAGGCGCAGUUCCAUGUCUAA